AUGGAUUUGCAAACUUUGUUAGCAGCUAGCUCAGGAUCUGUUGCGAGUCGAGUCGUAUGUCAUCCAAUUGACACGAUUACCGUUCAUAAACAAACCGUGGGGAGCUUUUCAUUUCGAAAUACACCUUUAAAAGCUUACUAUCGUGGUUUGCCCAUCUCUUUGACGCUAAUUACACCUGCAACAUGUCUAUAUAUGUCUACUUAUGUAGAAUCUAAGAGGAGAUUGAAAGACUACUUGGGUGACGGUGUUUUAUUGUAUUCUGCUUGCGGAAUGACAGCUGAAGUUGUUAGUAGUUUUGUAUGGACGCCGUUAGAAGUUAUCAAAGCUCGUACUCAGAUUUCUCAGCAUGGAGUGAUCCCGACAAUUAAAAGUUUGCGGAAACAGGAAGGGAUUAAAGGAUUUUAUCGAGGCUAUUGGAUGGGUAUUGCCAUCUAUUUACCGACAACAGUAAGUUGGUGGGUAAUGUAUGAAGAGACAAAAAAGUGGUUACAAGCAAAUACAAAUUAUGAUAUUUCAUUGGUGGCUCCCCUUGCUUCCGCACUUGGUACGGUCGUAGCAACGACUAUUUCUACUCCUCUAGACAUAGUAAAGACUCGCUAUCAGGUUGCUACUUCUUCAGCCAUGCAAAAGACAGAGUUCGCAAACAUUGCCGAUAAAAUUAAAAUAUCUGAUGUUGCCAGGCUUCUUUUCAAAGAGCACGGAUUUGGAGGAUUCACUCGUGGGCUAAUGUUUCGAAUGGCAUAUAUCAUGCCCUCAGGUAUGAUUUCAAUGUCCGUUUUCGAAUCGUUUAGAGGAGGUGGUUUUGAUUAA